AAAGAAUUGCGGAAGUAGGCAAGAUUUGGGGCAAGUUCAGACCUGAAGUUUAUGUUGAAGGACAAAGAACUCCGCUCCAGGUCAUUUCACAUCUUUCCUGAAUAUACCUGGAUUUGCCUUAGUGAUGGAGCGCAAAAUAGGUCACAGAAGACAGGGAAGCAUUGAACUACUGGAAGCAAUUGGGGUGGUGAAAAAGGAAAAUGGCACUGGGAGCCUUUCUAUGCUUCCUUUACACUCCCAAAAGUCCUUUGACUAUGUUCUGGUGUGCCAGGAAAUGGAUAAAGAAAAAGGACAAGACAAAGCCAGGAAGAAAAGGGAUUUCAUCAUAGCUCUGAAGAACAAGAAUUUACAGAUAACGAAAAUUGCUGAUGAUGAUAAAGUUUUUUAUGGGAUCAAAGCACCAAAAGAAACCUUUGAUACAUACAGCUAUCUACUUAAAGUAUCUGAUGCAUGUAGCUGGAGCUGCACACAGCAAGAGAAUAUACCACAAUCAACAAGGAUACGGAUAGUUGACUACAUCCUUCAUCACACCAGCAUAGAGACUGAUGGUGGUGCAGAGUAUUUGUCAGACCUCAUUAAAGAGAAUGUAUUUCAGGCUCAGUUUUGUCUUCAUGAGAAAGAGGAACAGAAAGAAUUGAGAAAGAGUUGGGCUAGAUGGACAGCCUGUCUUAAUGGGCAGCCCAUAGCUGAUGUAAGACACUACUUUGGAGAAAAGGUGGCUCUGUAUUUCCUUUGGUUGGGCUGGUACACAUUUCUGCUCAUUCCUGCUGCUUUCCUAGGGGUCAUAGUCUUUCUUUAUGGCCUAUUUUUCUUCCACCCCAACCCUCUAAUACAGGAGGUGUGUGAAUCAAACACUAUAAUGUGCCCACUGUGUGAUGAGAGAUGUAAGGUCUGGCGGCUCUCUGAUACAUGCAUAUACGCAAAGUUGAGCACAUUGUUCGAUAAUGAAGGAACAGUCGCAUUUGCUAUGUUUAUGGCAGUCUGGGCUACUGUGUUUCUAGAGUUCUGGAAACGCCACACAGCCUCAUAUGUCUGUGAGUGGAAAGUGUUUGACUGGUGUGAAGAAGAGGAGGAACUGAUAUUGGAAAUUGUGAAUGAUCCUGAUUGCAAGUCGAAGAAGCACAGUCACUCAUACCUUCGCAGUACACUAAUAAUGGUGAUAAUGACACUCAUGUUGCUACUCAUCAUUGGGUUGGCACAGGCCCUUGUGGUGUUCAGGGUAAUCACCAGUGAAAAGUUUGCUAAGUACACAAGUUGGACUUACCUUAAUAAACACAGCAACACAGUGGCCUUCAUGCUUGGAGCAGUGCUGCACUUCAUCACAAUAACCAUCAUGACUUGGGUCAAUCGCAGAGUGGCUCUGAAGUUAUGUGAAUUAGAAAAUGUGCGUUCACAUGCUGCUGUCGAAAGGAGCUUCACAGUGAAGAUGUUUACCUUUCAGUUCUUUACUCUUUUCUCCUCACUCAUAUACACAGCAUUCUUUCUUGGCAGGAUAAACGGACAUCCCGGUGGAUAUGUGAGGAUAGCUGGAAUUUGGAGAUUAGAGGAAUGUCACCCUAGUGGAUGUCUGACUGACCUGUUCAUUCAGAUGGCCAUUAUCAUGUUGCUCAAACAGAUCAUCAGCAACGUGUUUGAGAUUUCAGGCCCCUGGUUCAGACGGUGGGUGAAACAGCGACAGAGUAGUAAGCUCAGGCGAAAGGUUAGACAGUGUUCACAGAAGGACUGUCUAGAGGGUACAGGAGGUGUGAAUGUGUGUGACAACUGUAAACUCAAGGACUUGCUCAGGAACUUUGACCUUAACAAUGUGGACUCCUUCAGUCUCUUCAAUGAAUUUCUCGAAAUGGUACUCCAGUUUAGUUUCACCACCAUCUUCGUGGCUGCAUUUCCUCUGGCUCCUCUGCUUGCUCUGCUUAACAACAUCAUUGAGAUCAGAAUGGAUGCCAUUAAAAUGGUCAGUUUAGAGCGAAGACUGGUGCCCAGGAAGACUAAUGACAUAGGUGUUUGGACAGAUAUACUGGAAACAAUUGGUGUGUUAGCUGUUAUUGCCAAUGGGCUAGUCAUUGGCAUAUCCUCUGAUUUUAUCCCUCGGUUGGUGUAUCGCUACCGCUAUGGACCCUGUGCAAAUUUCAAUGCUAGUGGUGUUGAAUGCAUGACUGGUUAUAUUAAUAAUUCUCUAUCUAUUGCUGAUACAAAUGAUGAGAACAUCAGAAAAGACUUUUUACCCCACCAACUCAUUCACAAUGACAUGAAUGUGACGCACUGCAGUUAUAGAGAUUACAGAAGUGAUGAUAACUACACUUUGACCAAUCAGUUUUGGGUCAUUCAGGCAGUCCGCUUUGCCUUCGUUGUCCUUUUUGAGCACGUGGUGGUCAUGUGUAAGUUCAUCGCAGGGUGGUUUGUCCCCAGUUCUCCCUUAGAGGUUAAAAAUACAAGACUGCAAGAAAAACUUGGAAGACUAAAAGAAGAACUACGCCGUGGAGGAACACAACAUAUCAGAACACAGAGAGAAUAAGAAACUUCACUGGAUGUUCCAAUCUGGUAAACAAGAUAUGAUUAAUCACUUGCAUGAUAAACUGGACUACAGUGUCUUUUCUAAUUAUGAAAUUUGCAAGUUGUUGCUGCUGGGUACAGCUGUACACUUACUGUUUCCAUGUGAUCAAUUCAGUGCUCUUGCUAAGUUGAUUAAUGAAUUUGUCUAUAU